CAACAAAGAUGGACAAAAAAAGAAAAUUGACAAAAAAUGAUAAUGAUGAUGAUGAUCGGGAUAAAACAUUCGAUACAGUUACAAAUGAUAAUGCUAUAUCAAUAACCGAACCAUUUACAACCGAUACAACAAUUAUUAGUGCUAGAAAAGCACCCAAAAACAAUUUACCACAUAUUUAUAUUCAACCAAAAAAAAGUAAAAAACGUCACCUAUGGUUACUUCCAUUUGUAAAUGGUAUUAUGGUUAUUAUGGCAUGUUUUGUACCUUACACAAUAUCCGUAUCGAAUGGUUCAAUAUAUCCAAUAUGGCCAUUAGUUAGUGAUGCUGGUGCUGUAACACCAGCUGCAGGAUAUUUUUCAACAUUUCUUGAUAUUAUUGCUAUAUUAACUAUUUGUGUUAGUAUAAUUCUUAGCAAACAAAUUCGUUAUUAUAAAUGGGAAUUAUUACAACGAUUUAAACUUGACAGACCUAUUGAUGAAAGAAAUUUUAAUUGUCUUGUAUUAUCAAGAAAAAUUAUAAAAAUUACAUCAAUAUUAAUAUCGGUCGGUUUGUUUAUAACAGGAAAUUUUCGUUCAAUCGAAAAUCUUACUGGUCAUAUGAUUGGUGUAACAAUUUUUUUACCAUCCGGUUUAAUAUAUGGUUUUUCAUUGAUAUGUGUUUAUUUAAUACUUGAUUCAUAUGGAAUACAAUCACCACCAACUAUGCUUAUAAUUGUUAUGAUGAUUAGUUUAUUAUCAUCAAUUUUUUGUGUAGUAUUAACUGUUUUAUCAUUAUUAAAACAUGGUUCUAUUUGGCAAUAUUAUAAUAAUGAAUUACGUUUACAAUGGAAUCCAACAAUGUCUGGUUAUUAUUUACAUGUUUUAGGUGAUGUUUGUGAAUGGAUUACAUUAUUAUCAUUUGGCCCACUGAAUAUUAUUAUUAGUCGUCGUUUUAGAAUGUUUAAACGUUGGGAUUGUAUAAAAUUUUAAAACAAAAAAAAGAUCACAAAUU